AAAAACUAAGAAAACCCUCAAACUCAACCCUAAAAUCAGAUCAGAGCCGCCGCCCAUGCCCCGCUCUUCUUCUUCUUCACUGCGCUGACAGGAAGCAUGACUUCCCGCUUGGCUACCUCCGCCAUUCGCUGCCUUUCUCUCCGCAGAGGUGUUCGAUCUUCCGUUUAUGUUUCAGCGGCCGAAGCUCGAUUCGUCCGCAGAAACUUAGAAGAGAUUGAUCCCCGUCAGUUGAAACCUUGGGAUAUUAAACGUGAAUUGGCUAAACCCCCAGCUUACCAUUGGCCACCUGAUCUUGCUUUGAGCGUGUACGAGAUAAAAUGUACAUCAUCAUGCUUACAACUUGACAUCUACCCUAAGCCUAAGCCUGAGACCCUUGUUUAUUAUCAUGGUUGUGUUCUUGAGCUUUAGUUUUUAAAUUUUGUGUAUUUCACAUAUUUUGCUCUCCCUUCUAGCAUAAUAUUCUCCACUUCUAUUUUCAUUUCCAUUCAAAACUUUUUGUGUGUGUGAGAAAGAGAGAUAUUUACUUGUAUUUUGUGAAUGCAGAGACAAUACUAUGAUGAUAGAGCUCUUUUUUCUUGAUU